CCAAACUAGAAAAAGAAUCUAAAAUACCUUUCAGACUAUUAAGAAUAUUACAAACAACCUUUGUAUCACUACAACUACUAUUACAAAUACAAGGAGUAACCAAAAGUAAAUAUAAACUCCACGAAACAGUAAUCACAACUGAAGAGAGAUUACAACAAGGACAAAUAUUUAACAGAGCUCACGUAACAAGAAAUGAAAUAGAAAUUGCAGAAAAUCUUAAACAAAAAAUAUUUAACAACUCAAGAUAUUACAGAAAUACAGAAGAAGAUGAAAGAGAAGACAUAGAAAACCUUACACUAGAAAGAAAAUAUAUAUACCAAGAAAUAUUUCAUAGAAAUAUUGGACAUGAAGAUGCAUAUGAAGAGUAUCAAAAUAAAACAAAAAGAAAAGAACCAAAAAUCAAAGAAAUAUCAACCCAAUAUAAUCUAAAUGACCUCAAUGAAUCAAACCUCUAUUACACCACCAUCCAAUCAAAAGAAAAACCAAUAUACAUUCCUAGAAGAAAUAAUUGA